UGUUGUUUUUCCUGCUGAUGAAUCUUUACUCUCGGUUAGCAAAAUGGAUAAACAAAGGUACUUUGAAGGUAAUUACAGAAGAAUGCCAUCUCAAAAUUUGGCUGGUGCGAGCAGACAAAGUAAUGUGUCUGAGGUAAUAGACAAAGCACAAUAUGAGAGAAAAAAAAGAGAAGCCAACAGAUUAGAAUUAGAAAAGGCUACUGUAAUACAAGCAGUCUAUAGAGGCCGAAGAUGUAGGAAGGACGUUCGUUGUCAGCUGAAACUAGAACUAACAAAUAAGAUAUUUGAGUUGAAGCAAAAACUUCAGGAAUGUGUUGAAUUAAAUUUAGAUGACAUAAAAUAUCUUAUCAGCUACAUAAGAUUUAUUUAUCCAAAAAGUUACUAUUUGAGUUCAUGCACCAUUAAAGAUAAACAAGAUUGUGAAACAAUCUUGUUUAUUUCAAGUGUUGUUUCAAAAUACAAAGCAACUAUUAUACAUGCCAUGAUUGAAGAUUCUGAUUGGAUGUGGAGAAUUAUUUAUUUGAUUUCCCUGUGUUUACAUGUGAUGAAAUCACUACCUGCCAAUUUUGAGAAGAAGAUGCCUACUAUAUUAAAAAUGAUGAGGGGUUUUUUAGAUCCUGAUGUUUAUACUGAGUAUGAAUCUGUGAAAGACACAUCUGAUUUACUAAUAAUGAUAUGGAAAAAGAUAUUAUGUAAUGGAUUGUUCAAAACUCUAAUAAUGAUAGUGGACAACAAACAUUCAUUGCAUCAACAGAUGUUUUACAGCAAAACUUUUACUUACAUAAAAGAUUUGUUUAAAAUCAUUCUUCGCUUAGUGGUUUCAUCUAAAAAUGUUGAUUUCUGCCAAACUUCAUUAAAAAUGCUGACAGAAGAAAUAAUAUGUAGAGAAAUGAUAGUGGAAACUAAAAGACUGGUAUUCUCUUGUUUUAAUGACAUAGAAAAUUUUCCUUUCCAAACAUUGAUCAAAGUGAUCCUGGAAUUAAAUGAUGAAAAUUUAUAUAAUAUUCAUGCCCUACACAAUUUUCUUAGUUAUCUGGACAGUGAGGAAAAAGCAAUGUCUAUUGAAGAGCAGAAAAACUACAUUCUUUUGCUAUCUAAACUUUCUGUAAAUAUACCCCUAUUAGUGAAGUCACUUCAACCUCAUAAAGAAACUAUUGGAUCAACAAAUCCAUUGAACAAAGAACAGCAUGUUUUUUCAGAUGAAUGCCUCUGUCUGAUUAAUAGUCCAAAUAAAACUGAAAAAUUGGUAAAUUUGUUACUUGGUUUUAUUGAAAGAAAUGACAAUGAUGGAUUAUUUUGGUUUAGUAAAUUCAUCUAUCAUUUAUGGUUGAAUGAUAGAUCUCCUAUUUAUAAAUAUCGGUUGAUCAGAAAGGUAGCAUUUCAGCCAUGUUUUAUGAAAGCAUCGUGGAAUUAUAUUAACACCGAGAAAAGAACUCUAAGUUUUUCCUCUCCAGUUUACAGUGCAACUGUUUUGAGUAUGCUAUCUAGCGGUGUUGUCAUUACUCCUGUUGAAGCCGAUAAAAUUAUACCUGCUUUAACAAUGUUCUGCUUCUUACUGAAAAACCAUAUUUCUCUAUUAAGUGACGAACUCCUGUAUGAAGAAGAGUUAUUUCCGGAAGGAGGAGAAGGAACUACUUUCACUUUAAAUGAAAUUGUUUCUAUUUGUAAAAUAUUAAAGGAAGUUGCUGUGGGAAUCAUAUCAUUAGCUUUUCCCUCUAUUACCAUGCAUGGUGUUGAACAACGAAUUGAUGUUUUAACUCCUACAAAACAUGUGGAAUUCAAUACCCUGGCCUGGAGAACCCUUCUGGAGCAAAUUGUAAGUCUGCUUAGAUUAUUACACAACAGGGAUUCUAGACGCCAAUUUACUAAUGAUUCAUCAUUUUGGCUAUCAAAUGCUCUUCAAGAUUUGAAUCAGUCACUAUCUCAGUUCAAAAAGAUUGAACUGAUAAGCCCAUUUUCAAAUGCUCCAGGAAAGAUUUAUCGGUCUUUUACAGUUUAUGAAAAUCGAUAUCUUACAACAAUCAGAUCUUUACCAUUUACUGUUGGAUUUAUUAAACGGUUUACUUUUUAUCAAAGUUACAUUGCUGAAAACAAGUUGGAGUUUCAAAAUCCAGCAAUGCAUUUUCUUCAAGCUCCGCACUUGCUUGUAAGAAUCAGGCGUGAUUAUUUAUACGAAGAUGCUUUUGAAAAAAUAUGUUUUGAGCCUGAAAUCAGAAUACAUCUUAAAGUGCAUUUAAUUAGUUCACUAGGUGUUGAAGAACCUGGUAUUGAUGGUGGAGGACUCUUCAGGGAAUUUAUCAUGGAAUUUUUAAAAACUGCGUUUGAUCCAAAUCGAGGAUUCUUUAUUUUGAAUCGUGAUAAUGAGUUUUAUCCUAACCCAAAUAUUCAUAUAAUCUGUGAAGACUUUAGAACUCAUUAUUUCUUUAUUGGAAAGAUGCUCGGAAAAGCAUUGUUUGAGAACGUUUUAGUUGAAGUUCCACUAGCAGAUUUCUUUUUGUCAGAAAUCAUGGGUCAUUCUAAUGAAUUAUAUAUAAAUGGUUUGGCCACACUAGAUCCUGAUCUUUAUAAAAACUUAAUUUCUCUAACCUGCUAUAAAGGAGAUCUAUCUGAACUAGGAUUGGAUUUCACUUUAACGCUGAAUGAUUUUGGAGAAAGUAGGGCUAUUGAACUGAAACAAAAUGGAAGAAAUACACCUGUAAAUGAGGAAAACGUCCUUGAAUACAUACAUUUGGUGGCCCAGUAUAAAGCAUAUAGACAAAUUGAAGAACAGACUAAAUCAUUUUUUGCUGGAUUAGAAAGCAUAAUCUCAUUAGAUUGGCUUCGAAUGUUUACGACAAGGGAGUUACAAUUAAUUAUUUCGGGAAAUAAAUCCCCUAUAGAUGUUGAUGACAUGAAAGAACAUACAGUUUAUUCAGGUGGAUAUUCUGCUCAACAUCCCACUAUUGUAAUGUUCUGGAAUGUAGUGAAAUCAUUUGAUAACAUUCAGAAAAGUUUGCUGUUGCGAUUCGUCACUAGUUGUUCAAGACCUCCUCUUCUAGGCUUUAAAGAACUCUAUCCACCAUUGUGUAUUCAGCUAGUAGAAUCUGAUGACAACAGACUGCCUUCUUCUAGUACAUGUAUGAACAUUUUAAAGUUACCCGAAUUCACUAAUGAAAAUGUUAUGAAGGAGAGGCUUUUAUAUGCUAUACAAUCUGGAUCUGGUUUUGAACUGAUUUAAAUAUUAAUUAUGAUUUUAAAGGAGCCCUUGCUGUUCCGUUUUUCAUUUUAACUGUGAUUAUGAUGUGAUAUCUGCCUUGCUGUUACCUGUUAUCUGCUGAAAUAAAGUCCAUAUAUAUUAUUUUUGAAAUUUAAGUUGUAAUACUAUUCUGAUAUCUUUACAUUUUAUUUAAACUACAUAUUGCUGUGUAGAAAAUCCUUUAAUAUUAUUUUAUAUGUUCUCUUUAAUAGUUUAUUUAGGAAUAUUUUAUAUUCUCGAUUCUUUGGGACCAUUGCACCAUCAUAGUUGAAACUAUAGCUCAAUGAAUCUCCAGUCAUUGGUUUUUAGUAAGAUUGUGUCUAGUAACUCAGUUUUGUUCAGAAUAUAUAAAAGCCAUGGUAGUCAUUAUUAGUGAAAUAUUGGUACGAAUGUAAAAUGUACUUAGUCUUAGAAAUAAGUAAUAAAUGGCUCUCUAAUAGAACCCUCACUGUCUUGAAAUUGUUAUUGUUAUAUCAGCCACAUAAUUUCUGAUAUUUCAUUAUUUCUUAACCCCCACAUGAUUCUCUUGGUGGUUACAAAUUUUUUUAACUAUAUCUGGUUCAGUUACUUAACAACAAAAUAGCUUAUUAUAAGAACUAAUAAGCCUCAUCAGACCCUGUUCGACAAAAAAAAGCGGGUCAAAACCACUCCUAUGUAAAGGAUGUUGAUUUAUACCAGAAAAUAUGUUUUUAGCAAAUGAGAAACAUGAUUAUAACAUUUUCACAUAUUCGGCCAUAUCAUUUAAAAGUGGUCCUGAACAAUGAUUGGAGAUUUAUUAGAUUGGUAAAUUGUGUUUGUGCAAAGGACAUUACUCAUGUAUAUUCAAUUCAUAUUAUUUAAUGCCAUGUUUGUAAAUAUGUAUAUACUUGAAUUAGGAAUCAGAAUACAGAAAACAUUUUCAGUUGAAUAUAUAAUUUUAAAUCCAUUAUGUUCCUCAGACUUUUAUUAUUAUAGAUUAAUAUACAACAAAUCUAUUUUUACAUGAAUAUUUAUUCAAAACAAAAGCAUAUGAUAAAUACAGACAAUAUAUUAAAUUGAUUAUAAUUAAAAUAAGAGUGAAGUAAUGACAGUUUUUCCUUUCUAUAAUUUUAUUAUUUUUCAAUUAUUAAUUAUUUACAAUUACCCUCAUUCUUGUUUUUUUUUUUUUUUUAAAUACAUGAAAUUUAAAAUGUUCUUUUUUUUAAAAAUUAAUUUCAAAGAAUUAUAAGGAAUUAGUUCCAAAAUUAGAAAAAUUAUCCUGUUUUAUUUUUAAAUAAUUGAAUUUUUUAUUAAGUGAUUUCGAAAUACCUUAAAUAUCUUAUUACAUUUAAAGGAAAAAAAAAGAAAGAAAGAUAUGUCAGUUUAUCACAAAAAUAUCCUAUUUGUUAUUAUAAUUUUUUUAAAAAUUAAAAUUAUAUUUAUUGUUUAAAAUUAGUAUUAAAAUUUCUCAAUGCUAAUUUAGUUUUCAUUUGAAAUACUAUUAAAAUGUUAUAUUCCAAUUUUUGAUACCCAUAGAUUUUCUUUUUAUGGUUGUCAUCAAUAAAAUGUGCUUUUCCCUUCUUUCCUUUGAUAAAAAAUUUAUAAUAACCUUUUUAUUAUGAAUGUACUUUAAAAUAUUGGGUACCUUCAGUUUCAGGAAAUAGACUUUUUUCUAAAAUAAUUUUAAAAAAUUUGUUGAAGGAAAUUUUACUUGUUGGUUUGAUCUUUGUUCAGCUUGAGGUCUAUGACUUGUUUUUAAACUUAAAGUUUGUCAAACAUUUUACUGGUAAAUCUUGUCUAAGUUUAUAUCUAAUUAUCAGUAAUGCUAAGUGCUGGAACCACUUAAAUUGUUAGAAUUAUUUAUACUUUAUAAUUUUUGUUAUAUUUUAAUGAUGAAAGAAUUCACUCUACAUUCACUUACACUGGAAGUUCCAAUUUGGGAAAAAAUUUGUUUAUAU